UCGUCUUCACCCAUAACUAGCUAAAGCUGCUAGCGUCUCAGCUACCGAAGCCAACCACGGCUCCUGAUUGAUAGUCCAAUUAUUCAUCUACGCAGCUACGAAAAAAAUAAAUGCUGUUUUAUUAAGGCAUUUGAAGGGUGGCGUAGAAUUGUUGGUAAAAUGACGAAUUAUACGAAUUUUCAAACACAGAUAACCACUAUUAUGGAACUCAUGGCCAAGACAGCAAUAGCAGAUAUUACGAAACUUUUUGACGACAGUUUCUCAGUUUUAUGUUUGGAAAUAUCUCGGAGUUUACAGGAGAAUGAAGCGCUGAAAAACAAGCUACAGUUGGUGCAGCAUGAGCGGAGGACUAUGCGGAAAGAGGAAAUGGCACGAGCUCGUGAGAGUCCUGUCAACACACGAUCUGUUGGAGUUCAAGUUAUCGUGGAAGAGCAGCACAGAGAGAGAGUCUUUGGGCCGGAGUGCGGCUUCGGUCGGAGAAGAGAUGGAGAACCUGCAGGUGUGGAAGAGUCUGCAAACAUGGACAAAGUCAGGACUGAGCCAGUUCUCAUCAAGCAGGAGAGACUGGAAGAGGGUUUGCGAUACAGUGACCGACAGCCCACACCUGUAGAAGAGGAACAGGUAACACAGCCCACACCUGUAGGAGAUGUGAAGAAACCGGACACAGAGCCCACACCUGUAGGAGACCCAGAGGAGCUGAGUGAGCAGCACAGGUGUGGACACGGUGAUGAGGAGCUCAGUGGACUGGAGUUUGUGGUGAAGGCAGAGCAAGAGGAAGAGCAUGUAGCCCAGAGACUCAAUCAGACAGGAUGUGAACCCAGUGCAGGAAGACUCAACAACCUGGGCUCUGAGUAUGUAAUGUAUGAGAGAGACAGUCAGCUAUGGACUUCCUUUACCCAAGAGGACAGUGACAUAGAGACUGAUGAUCCAGUUUGUUCUAAUGCUUUAGAGCAAUACUCACAGAAUAUGUCAAUUCACACACAGCUACAAGAUGCUCCUGCCACCAUGGAAGUCUCUGGAAACACACUGUCCUCUUUUGGGGCUUCAUAUGUUGAGGAGUUUGAUCAGAUGGGUGAGAAGCCGUCUGCUUGCAGUGAGGAGCUCAGAUCAGAGGCCAUUCACACACAGCAGGGUCAGUACAGAGAGAGACUUGUGCACACAGUGGAGAGAGAGAAUCAGACAUUACUGCCCCAGCAGCAGCAACAUGGACCCUCAGUAAAACACACGAGAGGCAGUGAGAGCCCAGCCCAGCCACACUCAGGCUCUCAGUAUGAGACCAGCUCUACUCUGAGUACCAGGGUUUUCAACACUGGGAAGAAGGGCAAGCCUAAUGGACCAGCUGACUUUGGAAAGAAACCAUUAAUUUGCACGUACUGUGGGAAGAGUUUUGAUCGAUAUAGUCAUCUCACCUCACAUAACCGAAUUCACACUGGGGAGAAACCAUACAGCUGUACGCAGUGUGGGAAGUGCUUCAGUCACAAAGGUAAUCUUGUGCAACAUGAGAGGCUUCACAGCGGAUAUAAACCAUUUGGUUGCGCGCAGUGUGGGAAGAGCUUUGCUCGGGGGGCUAACCUUAGAGCACAUCACAGAAGUCAUACAGGAGAGAGGCCCUAUCACUGCACCCUGUGUGGGAAGAGUUUUGCUCGCCAGCGUACUCUUGUUGCGCACCAGUGGAUUCACACAGGAGCGAAACCGUACAACUGUAACUAAUGUGGGGGGGGAAAAAGGCCCUUCAAACUCAUAAAAUUUCACCGUUGAAAUAUACGACUUUGAUUGAAUACGGUGUGUAGUCUGUAUGCUAGCAGUGUAUUUCAGUUAAAAGGACAUUUGGCUCACAAAAUGAACGGAAACGUUCGACAACAUCAAGCAUGAGUGUUUCCCGUCAUGUGGCUUCAAUAAAAUGAUAAUGUUUUAA